AUGAGGAUCGAAACCUGCCACCUCUGCUCCCGCCCGGUGUACCCCUCCAAGGGCAUCACCUUUGUCCGGAACGAUGCCAAAGUCUUCCGAUUCUGCCGCUCCAAAUGCCACAAGAACUUCAAGAUGAAGCGCCAGCCCCGGAAAUUGAAGUGGACAAAGACGCACCGCGCGCUGCGCGGCAAGGAGAUGAUCGUGGACCAAAAUCUGCUGCUGGCACAAUUUGCGAAGAGGCGGAACGCCCCCGUCAAGUACGAUCGCAAUCUGGUCCAGGCGACGAUCAAGGCGAUGGAGCGGAUCGAGGAGAUCCGAGCGAAGAGAGAGCGAGUGUUUACUAAGCGACGAUUGAGUGGGAAGGCGCAGAGAGAUGCGAAGAGGAGGCAAGACCUCAAGGUCGUGGCCGAGGGCGAGCAUCUUAUUAGGAAGGAGCUGGCGGAUCUGGAGGCCGCCAGGGCGGAAAUGGAACCGAUGGUGGCGCAGGUCCGAGCAGAGAUGGAAGCAAGCAGAGUCGUGGGCGAAGAGAGAGUCAGACAAAAGAGGAAGAGGAAGAUGCUUGUCGGAGGCGGUACCGAGGAAGAAAUGGAUUUGGAUUGA